UUCCAAAUUUUUUCUUCUAACAAUGGAAAACGAAACUACGACACCUUUAACAUUUUCUAGCACCGUUUCUAGUACGUUUACAUUAUUUUUAAGUGCUAUUUGUGCAAAUGAUUCAAAUUGUGAUUUUUCAAGUAUUCCAAUGCCAGAGGAAUAUUAUUUUUCAGGAUUAAAUAACACUGUUGAAAGGUAUGAAGAAUUGGAACGUUCACUAAAAGGGCAAACAAUCAAAGUUGUCACUUUUCAGAAUUCUCCUUUAAAUAAUUAUGAAGUCGAUGAAAAUGGAAAUUAUCGAGGUGGAGGAAUCGCAUUUACAUUUCUGGAUCUUUUAAGUAAAAAGUUUGAAUUCAACUACACAAUCAUGAUACCAACUGAUAAAGUUUUGGGUAAUGAAAAAAAAGGAGUUUUUGGAGCUCUUGCGUCUGGGGAAGCUGAUGUGGCUGCAGCAUUUUUACCCAUUUUACCUUGGAUACGUGGUGAUGUAAUUGAUUAUUCAUCACAAUUGGAUGUGGGUGAAUGGAUGGUAUUACUAAAACGACCUAGUGAAAGUGCUACCGGAUCUGGAUUACUAGCACCAUUUGAUUAUAAAGUUUGGAUAUUAAUUUUUAUAUCAUUGGUUAUGGUUGGUCCAGUUAUAUAUUGCAUUAUUGUGAUGCGUAAUAAAUUGUGUCCUGGUGACGAAAAAAAUAAAAUUUUCUCCUUGCCGUCUUGUAUAUGGUUUGUGUAUGGAGCGUUACUCAAGCAAGGAUCGACACUUAGUCCAGCUUCUGAUUCAUCACGAAUGCUAUUUGCUACAUGGUGGAUUUUUAUAACAAUUUUGACAGCUUUUUAUACGGCAAAUUUAACAGCUUUCUUAACAUUGUCCAAAUUUACGUUACCAAUUGAGAAACCAGAAGAUAUUGCAUUAAAAAAAUAUCCAUGGGUAGCUCAAGAAGGUCACGCUAUUGAAGCGUUAGUAAAUGAAGGUUCAUUAUUAUCAUUUCUACAAAAGUCAAAUAAGGGAAAAUUUGUUUCUGAGAAUGAUGCUAUGAUUAUUAAAAAUUUUGUGGACAAAGGCUUUAUGUUCCUGCGGGACAAACCUGCUGUUGAGCAUAUCAUGUAUGACGAUUAUUUAAACAAAACACGUGAGGAUAUUGACGAGGAUAAGCGAUGUACUUAUGUAUUAACCACAUGGCCAAUAGUCAAAUUACCACGAGCAUUUGGAUUUCGGAAAAAUUUUGAAUGGACUCCGUUAUUUGAUGCAGUUUUAAAAAAAUUGGUUGAAUCAGGUAUUGUUAAAUAUAAAUUACGUGACAAUUUACCAAAUACUGUGAUAUGUCCACAAGAUUUAGGUGAAAAGGGUAAAAAACUACAUAAUUCAGAUUUAUUGAAAACAUACGAAGUUGUGGGUGUUGGCUUUGCAAUAUCAAUUGUUGUUUUUGUCGUCGAAUUCUUGUUUCGAAGAUGCAUGUCACUUAAGUCAACAUUCAAACUCAAUUCAUCAUCGUUAAUGGGUAACAGAGAUUCUGUAUUGAAAUCAAAAGAGACGACUAACAAAUUCUUCGUUCCGCCUCCACCAUCGUAUCAUACACUGUUCCAACCGUAUUCGAACAGUAGUAUGUAUCCACCAGAUGGUAAAAAGAAAAUUAUUAAUGGUCGCGAUUAUUGGGUGAUUAAGGCAACAAAUGGUGAUACACGUUUAAUACCUGUCCGAACACCUUCUGCACUUUUAUUUCAAUACACGCAAUAAUUUAUUAUGUAAUAGUUUUAGAUAUAGAUUUGUUAACUGUUUGACUUUAGUCGACAAGUUCCAAUUGGUGAAAUAUAGAAAUAAUGGUCGUAAAAAUACGAGUGAUAGCUCGUUGCAAUUUAACUUUUAAAAUAACUUUUGCAAUUUUUUAUGUGCUGAAAAACGAUUCUAGGUUAUUUUCUAGACAUCAUUCCGAUUCCAACGAGCUAACGUAUUCUUCCAACCAUUAUUUCUAUAUUUCACCAAUUUGAACUUGUUGACUAGACUAUAUAUCAAUUAUUUGGUUAUUUAAUUAAGCUACGGUCACAUAUGUGGUAAACAUCAUAUCACUUCGCAAAAUGAAUGCAAUCCCCAGAGGCGGAUUAUUACACAUGAUUAAAAGGCCGCCUAGAAAGUCUGAAUUUGGAGAGUAAGAUAUCAGUAUAAUACUGGUACAGGAUAGAUAAAUAUUUCAGGACUGUGAAGUACUGGGUAAAUACAAUUUCGAUUUAAUAUGACAAAAUAUGAUCGUACCUAGCCGAUAUGAAUGUACCUACUUAUUAGAUUUAGAGCAAGCCCACAAGCUCACACUUUGCAAUAUAUAUCUAACUGCAUAUAUUAAGCAUAAUGCCGUUCUUUGCUUGGGUAAUCAGUUGCUGUAACAAUUGCUUUAACAAUUGCUUUAAAGGUAAUUGUUUUCACCCUUGCUAAAAUCAAAACAAAUAUAGUGCAAAAUUACCUAUGUACUUGUACCGUUAGAAUUGUAACAUAUCUAAUUUCUGUACCUUAUUCAGCAAUUCUAAUAAAUUAUUUAAUCCAAAGCAGCAUUACUGUUUUAUUUUGUAAACCUUCGCUUAGAGCAUCGAAAUUGCUAGAAAUGCACCUGGAAAUGUUAUACGUAUAGAUUGAAAUCCUGUAUUAUACAUAAUUUUCGUCUAUUGUUAUAUUUUGUGAUGCAUGAUUUUUGCCAUAUAACUGACCGCUUCAACAGACUAGCGUCAAUUAUAGUUCUCAAAUUUCAACGCACUAUAUAUAAUUAAACCCUAAACAUUCUGACAGUUCUAAGAAACAUGGAAGUUAACAUUUACUGUAAUCUCUCAUCUUUAUAAAAUUACACAUUUAAUAAUAGAUAAUAACCUGAUUUGAUAACUUACACCUCAAGAGAAAUACCAAAAUUCGAAUUUUUCUUCUAAUCAAGUUAUUAGAUAUUCAUCAGAAUUUCUUCAUUUGUAGUUUAUCGAUAAGUACUUUGUCUCUGAGACAAUCUCAAAGUUUAGAGUCGAUCGGAAUCAAUUCAUACAAUCUAAACGAGCAAUUCCACACGCAAAAGUUAAAUGGUGGUGUUAUUUCGCAGCAAAGAGAUGUGGAUUGUUGGCUUAGAUCAUAUAGUUAGAUAAAUGAUUGCCGUUUUUUUAUAAAGAUAUUCUUAUAAAUAAUUCUCAUAAAAUAUAAAAUGUGUACAAUUAAAAAAUUGAUAUGAAUUACUGUCAGUCUGUUUUGGAAAACUUUUCAAUGUACUUACCAUAACAAGUAACUUUUUUUUAAAUAUCUAAAUAUAAAAUUAAUUUUAAGAGUAAUUCAUUAAUUUUAAUACAGCUGGGUACCUUAUAACAAUAAAU